GACGUAUUCUAUUUACAUAUGCAGUCAAAUUAGUUUAAAUUGCUCCAGACUUCAGCACUGUCGACGUUUGAGGAGCUUUCCCUGGGUGGUUCAUGUUUUUAUUGGUGACAAGAUGACGAUUCAUAUUUUUACCAAAGGACCCAGUGAGUCAUCUUAUUAACUCUACUGAAGUACAUGAUUGGCAACAUUCCUACCACAGUUUAACCAACUAACUUCACAAUGACUGAGGAUUUAGAUCACAGAUUCAGUAGUCUCACUUGGGAUCAGAUAAAAAUACUGGAUCAAGUAUUAACUGAGGUAAUACCCAUUCAUGGAAGAGGAAAUUUUCCAACACUGGAAGUAAAGCCAAAGGAUAUCAUUCAUGUUGUAAAGGAGCAGCUUAUUGAGAAGCAAAUCACUGUUAGAGACAUCCGCCUGAAUGGUUCAACAGCUAGUCACAUCCUUGUGAAACAGAAUGGAACUAGCUACAAAGACCUGGACAUCAUUUUUGGUGUUGAAUUACCAAGUGAACAAGAAUUUCAGGUUGUUAAGGAGGCAGUGCUGAAUUGCCUACUGGACUUUUUACCAAAAUGUGUCAAUAAAGAAAAGAUCACUGCUCAGACUAUGAAAGAUGCAUAUGUGCAAAAGAUGGUCAAAGUCUCCACUGAUCACGACCGCUGGAGCCUCAUCUCAUUGUCAAACAACAGUGGAAAGAAUGUAGAACUAAAAUUUGUAAACUCACUCAGACGACAGUUUGAAUUUAGCGUUGACUCCUUUCAAAUAAUACUGGACUCCAUGUUAAAUGUUUACAGUGAUACAGAAUGUGAAUUGACAGAAGACUUACAUCCCACCAUUAUUGCAGAGAGCAUGUAUGGAGACUUCAAUGAGGCAAUGGACCAUUUAAAAUACAAACUUAUUUCCACAAGGAACCCUGAAGAAAUCAGAGGUGGAGGCCUUCUGAAAUACAGCAACCUUCUGGUUCGUGACUUUAAGCCAGCAGAUGAGGCUGAAAUUAAAUCUUUAGAACGUUAUAUGUGUUCCAGAUUCUUCAUUGAUUUUCCUGAUGUCGCUGAGCAGCAAAGGAAAAUUGAGUCAUAUUUGCGCAACCAUUUCAUUGGGGAAGAAAAGAGCAAGUAUGACUACCUGAUGACUCUGCGCGGAGUUGUAAAUGAGAGCACAGUCUGUCUCAUGGGACAUGAACGACGACAAACUCUGAACAUGAUUACAAUUCUCGCUUUAAAAGUACUUGGAGAACAAAACAUCAUCCCAAAUGCAGCCAACGUAACAUGCUACUAUCAGCCCGCUCCAUAUAUCAGUGACAGGAACUUCAACAAUUACUAUGUUGCUCAUGGACAGCCACCUGUCAUCUACCAGCCAUAUCCAUUUCAUAUACAAAUGCAAAGUGGAAUGGUUUAGUAAAAGUUAGCCUCCUCACUGCCCACCCGCUACCCCAGUUGUCCAAAAUAAAGGCCUCAUUACAGCAAGUGUUACAUCACUCAAUUUCAUUUUUUGUGCAGAUUGCCAAUGGUCUUUGAUCAGUCAGGGCUGAAAACAUCAGUAAGCACAUCAUGAAAUAUUUUAUGUUUAUGUAAAAUCACUGGCCAUUAUUCAACAAGUCCAUGAUGACCGUCAUAUGUUCUUAAAGCAGACAUACUCUGUGACUGAGCUUUCCAUCCUUUUUGGCCAAAAAGAGAAAGAUAUGAACAAUUCUAAUUGUACAAAGGGCCAUACACAGUUGUUCUAGGUUCUAAACCAUUCAUUAUAAUAGUGCAGCUGGAAAAAAUAUGCCACUAAGAUACUUGAAGUUGUUCAGUAGAAACACCUGAUUUAAAGAUGAUAGAUUUAGAAAACAUUGAUAUUAUGGAUACACUGAACCUACGGGGCCAAAUUUGUUCCUCAGUUUCACUCAUAUAACUCUGCUAAAAAGUCCAUUUUGCAAUGCAGACUGUAAAAUCAUUUUUGGAAUGUGCAUUGAUUGACUGAAAUUAUGAAAUACCCUCAUAGGUUAAGCGUUUCACUAUGGACUCCAUCCUGCAAAAUGUCAAACACUUGUCACCAUUCAUUAAGGACAUUAGCAGUUGAGGUCAUUCACCAGAGUGCUCAUCAUCUUGCAGGAUCAAUCCAUAUUGGGGCCCUAUCCUGUAUUUCUUGUGCACCCAUUGAUUUCAGUAGGAAAUUUGAGUGUGCAUGGAAUGCAGCAUUGGGCCCUGAGUCUGAACUACUGAUACUGAAGAUUGUAUAAGCAGGUGAUUUAAUUAUUCUGCACAAUUAUUUAUGAAAAGUAUAUUAAAAGUAUGAGGGAGAAAGUGAACAUUCAGCAUGUGAAAACUUUCUUUCUAUACAUAUUUGAUACUGACCAGGGGGGAAAAAGUAAGCUAAAAGGUAGAGCAUAUGGUAAUAAUGAAAACAAACAAACAAACAAAACCCCACCAGAACAGUACUGUGUCAUUUUGAAGUGAUUUUAAAAAAAUGUUCUUAGUUGCAUUUGAUAUGACAUUUUAUACUAGAAAUGUCCUGUAUACAUUUAGAUGUGUGUGCACAUAUACUAAUAGCAAAUUAAAAUCUUGCUCAUGAUCAGGAAAUAAAACAUUAGUUGCAAGUUUUUUUGUGUGUGUUUACCAAAGAUAAGUUUUUAAACAUGUCACUUAAGUGCCUCCUAGUGCCAAUUGUUCCAUGAAAGCUGUAAUGCAUUCU